UCGUAGUUAUACAUAGAUAGCUGUCCCAAAAGGGUGCAAAAUAGUAAAUAGUUUAAUAUUAUUUAAAGGUCGAAAAGUCAAAGCGAUCAGGCAGAGGUGUUGACGAACAUUAUAAAUCACAUUUGUGGUAUUUCAAGUUAUUGAUGUUUUUAGUAGAUCAUGAACUACCAACCAGUAGUUGUGACAACAUCAAUGAGUCAACAAAUAGCCCAUUUCAAGAACCUGUGGAGGAAAUAGACGAGCCCAACGAAGGCAAUGAAACCAACGAAGGAAUAGCACAUAAUGUAGAGUCAGUGGUUAAUACUAAUAUUAACACCAACAACAAGAGAUAUAGGAAUGCAGACGGUCAUAGCCCUGCACAAAACAAAAAAAUCUGUGAAGACAGGGAGCGGAAAUUAUUUCUUGCAAAGUGUACUGAGGCACUAAACUCCAAACCAACAGAAAAUGAUGCCCUGGGUCAAUACAUAAGUGCAAAAUUGGAAAAAGUCGUAAACCCAGAACAAAAGAUGUAUGCUGAAGCAUUGCUAACUAAAGUACUUAAUAAGGCAAUAAUGGGUCAAUUGAAUGAAUUCGUAGAUGUAACCUACAGUAAUGUAGGACUUUAUCCUUCUAAUAAUUUUUCUCAUGUGUCGCCAGGGUCCUCGGCCCAUUCCUCAUUAGCGUCUAAUUCCUUUCCGUCUCCUUCCCUAUCAAACAAUUAUUCCACAGCGGAAUCUACUCCUGCUGAAAAUGUUAGCCCUAUGGGAGGUUUGCGAGCUUAUUUUUCCUCAGCAGGUCGUGAAUAA